AACUGUUCAUUCUUUAACAAAUCCAAAACCAAAUCUAAACUAAAUAUGACCAGUCAAAACAAUCAAAAUAUUGAAUCAACUGAUGACUUAGAAAACUCAAUACCCUUGACUGCAAUCGUUGACAUCAAUCAAUCUAAAGUUAGAAAUAAAGAUAUAAAAUACCUCUGUCGAGCUUGUCUUAUGGCAGAAAAAAAUAUGGUUUCACUAGCGACUAUGAUUGAAGAUGAAAGUUUGGCUGAUAUGUUUACAUCCAUAUCUUCUAUUAAAGUUAAUUUUGAUGAGAGUCUUCCAUUUCAAAUAUGUGCAUCGUGUCAGCAAGAUGUGAUUCAUUGCUAUAAUUUCCAGCUUAAAUGUAGAAAGACUGAUGACAUUUUAAGGUCCUUAAGGAAAAAAGGUUUUAGUAAUAUACAUUAUAUUCACAAUACCAGGGAAUUUGAUAAAGCAGAUACAAGAACACAAACAAUUAUUAAUGAUGUUUUAGAAGCAAAACAAGAUCUUCCAAAUAAAGUAAAAGACAGUGUUACGAAUGACAAUGAAAUAAAAAUAGAGUCCAACAUAAAGUUUGAAAUAAAUGCAGAACAUGAAGAUAUAGAAUAUUUGGAAGAUGAUUUUUUUUAUGAAAGCAAUUGCGAUAAAGGUGAAGACGAUCAGAGACGAGGAGUUAUAAAAAACAUUCCCUUCACAUUACAGACCUUUUUAAAGUCAAAAACAUUGAAAACGCACACCAAAAAGUGUCAUAUUGGAAAAAUAAGUAAGCCAUACAACUGUAGCCAGUGCAAGGAGUCAUUUAACUCUGAAAAUGAUCUCCAUAUCCAUUCAGCUUUACAUGUCAAGGGUACUAACUGGAUGUGCAAUCAAUGUUUUAAGACAUUUAAUGAAAGGAACAGAUUCAGACGUCACAUCCGGCGUCAUAUGGAGUCACAGCGGUUCGCUUGCGAGGUGUGCAGCAAGACGUUCGCGGAGCUGAGCGCGCUGCGGCGGCACUCGCGCGUGCACACCGGGGAGAAGGUCGAGAAGAAGUACCAGUGCGCCGUGUGUGAGAAGAGGUUCGUGGACAGCAGCCAGCUGGCGGCGCACUCGUCGCGGCACACGGGCGUGCGGCCGUGCGCCUGCGCGGACUGCGGCAAGGCCUUCCCGUCGCGCCGCCUGCUCGCCUCGCACCGCCUCGUGCACGACGACCUCAAGCGCUUCGCCUGCGCCUACUGCGACAAGCGGUUUCGUCACGAGUCUACUCGAAACACGCAUCACAGAACGCAUACAGGCGAGAAGCCUUACGUGUGCUCGAUAUGCGGCAAGACCUUCAUACAAAGCUCCAAUCUUAAGCUGCAUAUGCGCACACACACCGGUGAAAGGCCAUACACGUGUGAUAUUUGCGAUCGCAAAUUUACAUCUGGUUCCUCGCUGACGAGUCACCGGCGCACGCACACCGGGGAGAAGCCUUACAGUUGUCAUAUUUGCGGCAAAAGGUUCGCGCGCACGGACAUGCGCACGCACCUGCGGCAACACUCGGGCGAGCGCCCGUUCGCGUGCUGCGUGUGCGCCAAGACGUUCGUCAACGCGGCGCGCCUGCGCGACCACCACCUCACGCACACCGGUGAAACCAAAUACGAGUGUGCGAUUUGUAACGAAAAAUUUAAGAAGAAAUGUUAUUUAGCGAAACAUAUCAAGAACCACGAUAAAGAUAAGAAAAAUAAAGAAAAAAACAUCUUAAUAGUUCAGCAAGUACCAAUUGUAAUGGAUAAUAAUAUAAUUUACACCAACAACACUCCUAACGAAAUUAUCGUGAGCAGUACUGGGGAAUCAAACAAUGAUAAUAAUGACAAUAAAGAUGUAACAUUGGUUGAAGAAGUCCCGCUAGAAGUGUCCGGGGAACUAGUGCUACAAGAUGACAGUGACGUGAAAGCAGAACUUGUGGUAGUCAGUGUUGGACAAAAUGAUGUAAAUUACCAAGAACAAAUACAUCUAAACAAUACAAAUCAUUUAAAUUACGACAAUCAAAAUAUAAAUCAUAAUUUAGUGGCCAUUAAUGAGAACAAUGUAAACAUUAAUGAUUCUGAGUCGGUUGUGGAGGAAAGUGCGGUGAAAUUGUACCAGUUAGACCAAAGUCUAGUUCAAAUACAGACAUCUGGUAGUCAUAUAACUAUUCGAAAAAUUACCAGUAAAAUGACAACUAAUUUUUAAGUGAAUAUGGUAUGGUAAUCAAGUUAUUUAUUUCAAAUGAGUAAUUUUUAAGGUAAUUUACCCAUUGCCAAAGAAAUCCUAUUGCUAAAACUGUGCUGUCUCUCCUCAUGAAACAAACGUAAUUGUAACAGAUAUAAAGUAUACUUAUU